AACUCCUCCCCUGGGGCUGUUUCUUUCAGGCUCAACUGUCUCACACAAAGAUGUCUUGCUACGACCUGUGCCCACCAAAAACCAGCGUGGCCGUCCCCCAGCCCAUCGCUGAGAGCUGCAACGAGCUGUGCGCCCGCCAGUGCCCCGACUCCACAGCCUUCAUCCAGCCUCCGCCCGUGGUUGUCACCUUCCCCGGCCCCAUCCUCAGCUCCUUCCCCCAGCAAGCCGUGGUGGGCUCCUCCGGAGCACCCGCCUUUGGGGGCAACCUGGGGCUGGGGGGCCUCUACGGGGCCGGGGCCACGCUGGGCUCGGGGGGCCUCUGCACCCCUGCCAGACCCUAUGUUUCUCCCGCCUGCAGCCCUUGCGUCUUGCCGCGCUACAGCAAGAAGCUCUGGGACACCUGUGGGCCCUGCUAGACCCACAGCACACCCAGGUGCUGCCCCCAACUUCAACAGCUCCACAACCUGUGCAAGGCUGAGCUGGUGGGCAUGGGGCACUGAUGAGUGCUGAGCUUUCCCAGACCCAGCCAACACCUGGGCAGCUGCACCUGCUGCACACUCUCCAAUAUUUCUUCUCUGUGUUCCCACUUUCCUUCCCCUAUUUCUUCAGAGAUCGAAUAGCGCAGGAGGAAGACCCAGAAAGGUUCUUGGGUCUGAUGGCCAAGAUCUCAGGAUCAGGAGUAGAGCACCAGGAAAGUAUCUGGAGGAAGAAGCAAUAUUCUGGAGAAAUUCCCUCUGCCAACACAGGGCUACCGGCCUCUGUGUGUCUUGCCCACCUUCUCUCUGACAAUCUUUCCUGCCCCCACUUGGCAAAAUAAAAUUUUCCU